CCCUUCCGUCCCGAGCCCCGUUCCCCAUUGCGGCGGCUCUGCCUGGCCAAGACGGAGAGAGUCACAGCGCGAGGUGGCGAGAAGCGAAGGCAAUGGCAACGGCGCAGAACAAGAGACCGCGGAUCAGCAGCGGCGUGGAGAAGAGGCCGAGUAGGAAGGAGAUAUUGGGGAGAAAGAAGGCGGUCGAGGAAUGUAUAAAGAGAGCUGUAGCUGUGAAGGAUCAUCUAGAGCAGUUUCCAGCAUUUCAUAAGUAUCAGAAAAAUGGUCUUUCAGUCUACUUGGAGUCCGGACGUGGGGAUCAGCUUACAUUACCAAUGAGGAAGUACAUCCAAAAUCUUCUAAAGGUUAACAUGGAGAAACCAUAUGGACCAGAGUGGCCUUCAGAAGAGAAAAUUAAGCGCCGGGAAAUGGUAGCCCCAGAAGCACGAUAUAUCUUGGCUAAGCAAUAUUCAAAUGGGUUUAUUCCUGAAAAUCCCAUGAAGCAAGAUGCAGAGGCGGAACAUAUGCAUGCAGCAUGUACUGAAAGCUGCUUGCUUGGUUUUGUACACUAUAGAUUUGUUGUGGAAGAGGAGCUGCCUGUUGUUUAUGUGUAUGAGCUGCAAAUGGAGCCUUCUGCCCAGGGCAAGGGGCUGGGAAAUUUUAUGAUGCGGUUGGUUGAACAGGUAGCAUGCAAGAACCAAAUGGGAGCUGUGAUGCUAACAGUUCAGAAAGCUAACACACUAGCUAUGGAUUUCUAUACUAAGUUGAGAUACGUAAUAUCCAGUACCUCACCAUCCCGAGUGGAUCCUCAGAUAGGACUUGAAAAAAGCUAUGAGAUUUUGUGCAAGACAUUUGAUUCUGAAGCUAAGUCCAAACUAGAGGAUGGCGCCUAUUAAGACUUGAGAGUUUAGAAUGCACCAACCACUUACGCGACCACUUACACAACCACUGAGCAUUAUGUCCAGUUACGCCACAAGAUUCCGCAACAUCUUUCAUGCAGACAAUUGUUACUGUGAUUUAUUAUUAUAGUAGCAUGGUGUGCUUGGCCUAAAUUCACAA